AUGGUGUUGGCUGAGGGCAUGGAGUUGGGACAACGACUACUGGUGGCUCCUUGCAGGGAGGCUUCUCUUGACAUGGUGUUGGCUGAGGGCAAGGAGUUGGGACGACUACUACUGGUGUCUCCUUGCAGGCAGGCUUCUCUUCACAUGGCUGAGGACAUGGAGUUGGACAAAUCACUGCUGGUGGCUCCUUACAUGGCUGCUUUUGCUGAGGACACGGUGUUGGCUGAGGGCAAGGAGUUGGAACAACUACUACUGGUGGCUCCUUGCAUGGAGGCUUCUCUUGACAUGGUGUUGGCUGAGGGCAUGGAGUUGGGACGACCACUACUGGUGUCUCCUUGCAGGGAGGCUUCUCCUGAGGACAUGGUGUUGGCUGAGGACAAAUCACUACUGGUGGCUCUUUGCAUGGCUGCUUUUGUUGAGGACAUGGUGUUGGCUGAGGGCAAGGAGUUGGAACGACCACUACUGGUGGCUCCUUGCAUGGAGGCUUCUCUUGACAUGGUGUUGGCUGAGGGCAUGGAGUUGGGACGACCACUACUGGUGGCUCCUUGCAUGGAGGCUUCUCUUGGCAUGGUGUUGGCUGAGGGCAAGGAGUUGGGACGACCACUACUGGUGUCUCCUUGCAUGGAGGCUUCUCUUCACAUGGUGUUGGCUGAGGGCAUGGAGUUGGACAAAUCACUACUGGUGGCUCCUUACAUGGCUGUUUUUGUUGAGGACACGGUGUUGGCUGAGGGCAAGGAGUUGGGACAACCACUACUGGUGUCUCCUUGCAUGGAGGCUUCUCCUGAGGACAUGGUGUUGGCUGAGGACAUGGCAACGGUUCUGGUGCUGUUUUGCACAGUGCAGGUGGCAAGGUGGUUGCCUGUUUGCACUGCUGCUGGUUGUUGA